GUUGCCGCUGGAGAGCUCUCUCUCUCUCGACGACCGCAGGCUCCAGCUCAGAAAACACGCGACGCUAAAACGCUUUUAUUUGUUUUCAUUUUGUUUGUUUUUUUUCCAUUUUUUAUUUAUAUCGCUUUUCUUACCACCCGUCGCCGUUUUUGCACAUUUAAAAAAACAAAGAUGUGACUCGGCGACAUUUAAACCCCCUUCAGCGGUAUUCAUGUGCGUAAAGACACACAGGGAGAGAGAGAGAGAGAGAAACAGAGAGAGAGAAAGAGAGAGAAGCCGAGCCGCUCGGGCGAAUGGAACUUAUUGUUUUUUAUUGCCUCCUCUUUUUUUUUUUUGACUAUGUUAUCCCUGAAUGAGUUCGGGUCCAGUCCGUCUGUGCUCGUGGCCGACGCUUGAAUCGUUGGAUUUAUACACAAAAAACAAACAAACCCAGCGACAGGAGGGAUUGUGAGCGUUCCUUCUCCCCUCUUCACCGAGCCGGGGAUUUAAAUAGUGGCUUGUUGGCGAGGAGCCCCCGGAGAGGCGAGAGCGACAGAGCAGAAAAUUCAUGUGGCCAUUCUCUCUAUAACCAAACAUUUUUACUUUUCGGAGGAUAGCAUAAUGACCAAGGAAAGACCUAAGAGGAAUAUCAUCCAGAAGAAAUACGAUGACAGUGAUGGGAUCCCGUGGUCGGAGGAACGGAUGAUGCGAAAGGUGCUUUACCUCUCCCUGAAGGAAUUUAGGACCGCACAGAAACGGCAGCUGGAUGGCGACGGAACCACUAACCCCAACGGUUCUCUUGCCAAUGGGCAGCUGAAUGGCUCCAUAUCGAAGGGCUGCCACAAAGAAGAUUGCUCCUUGCGCUCUCAGGGCCUCCAUGGGAGCAGCAAAUAUGCCGAGGACAGUCCUGCAAAAAAGAGGCCUCGACUCCAGGCUCAGCGGAAGUUCGCCCAGUCGCAGCCCAACUCGCCCAGCACUACACCGGUAAAAGUGGCCGACACGGGCAGCCUGAACGGCAGCCUGUCCACCGCUCCGUCAACGUCCCUCUCGUCGCUCUCCUCCUCUUCCCUGUCCUCCUCCAUCCAGGACCUGUCCCGGCGCAAACCCAAGACGGAGGACUUCCUCACCUUCCUCUGCCUUAGAGGUUCCACUGCCUUGCCCAGUAAUAUGGCCUACUUUGGAAGCUCCCAGGAGGAGGAGGACCUGGAGGAGGAGGAAGAAGAGGAGGAGGAGGAGGUGCGGAGCGGCACGGGAGGCCACACACAUGGUGCGGGAGGCAGCAGCCAAGCCUCCACCGCCUCCUCUUGCAGCUCUACACCUCGCAAGGGCAAACUCCCCGCCAGGCAGCCGCUCAACGGGCACGUUUUUAACAACCACAGCAAAGCAGGGACGAGGGAGAGUCCGAGGCCGAAGGCGGGUUCAAACAGCAGGGACACGUCUGCUCCUCAGCUGCCGCCUCCUCCACCUCUCCUGAGGGAGCGCAGCGAGCGGGCGGAGGCGCGGGAGCACGCCAGGGAGCUGCAGGCCUUGGCCAUCAGUCGGGGCACUGCCAACGGGCUGCCAUCCAGGAGAGCGGCUGAGGAGCUACGGAAGCAGAUCUCGAAAGUGAAUGGGAUGACGCGGGCUGGCUCGGCACACGCCGUUGGUGGAGCCAAGAAGAGCCACGACUUACGACUGCCGUCCAAAACUGUGAAGAAGUACACAGCCACCGUGUCUAAGGGCCACGUCACCUACACCAAAGCCAGGCAGAAAGAACUGGGCAAGAAAACCAAACUCAGCAGCAGCAACAAACACAACAGCGCCGCCUCGGCAUCAUCGUCAGCGAACAAUCACAAUCAGCACAGCCAGCCAGCAGCCAGCAGUAGGCUGGCCAACUCAGGAAAAGCAGCGGCAACAGCCCACCACAGCAAUGCAAAAACCCGCAAACAGGUGCUACUAUCCAACGGGCUGCACAAAGCGGCCGCCAGCGUCCGGCCCAACGGCAGGCUGAACGGGCAAUGGCACAACGGCUCGGCCAAGGAGGACGGGCUGAAACAGUGCCAACCGGGCCACGGGGAGUGCCCGGGCCGAGAGGGACUGCGAAACUCCAAGCGCCGUCUGGAGGUGGUGCUUAACUCUGUGAGCACAGAGGUUGUCGCGCAAAAGGCCAAAACGAGCGGCUCCGAGGCCAAAAAGGCCAAGCUUCAGCCGGCGCCGCUGGAGACGCGCAGCAGCAGCAAGAAGGUGGCCAGCGAAGAGAAGGCCGCCAAGCAGAACGGCGCCCCUACCACUCCGCUUUCUAAUGGACAUGAUUCAGAGAAGCCCGCCCCUCCUAAACAGACUCAACCCGCUGCUCCACUUUCAGCUACUACUCCACCUCCUCAACAAAUGCCACCUCCUUCUACACCAGCAGCCAACGCGGAGCCAGUGAACCAGCGACCCAAGCGCGCAUCAGCCGGCAAGCUGAUGUUGAUAAGACAAGCACAGCAGCAGCAAAGCAGGUCGCAUGGUCGGAGCUCCUCCUCCUCCUCCACCUCCACCUCCUCCCCCUCAGUAGGCCACAAUAACGCACCAAACCCCAGUCGAGCCAGCACUACCUCAGACCCUCAACAAACCUCGGUCUCCUCCCCCUCGUCUUGCACCAACUCAUCCACUCUUCCUUCCGCCAACACUCCAGGCCCGAUCAAACCAGCAGCGUUGCGGCUCGCCGACCGCGACAAGGAGUGGGAGCGCGAGAAAGAGCUGACGCGGCAAAAGGAACGCGAGCAGGAGAAGGAGCGGGACCGCCAGCGGAGCAAGCCCGAUGGCUGGGCGGCGCUGGGCGAGGUGCCCGUCUUCCGGCCAGCGCCGAGGGAGUUCCAGGACCCUCUGGUGUACUUGGACGCAGUGAGGGAGCAGGCCGAGGUGGCUGGCAUGUGCCGCGUGGUGCCGCCGCAAGACUGGCGGCCGGAGUGCAAGCUGAACGAGGAGAUGCGCUUCGUCACACAGGUGCAGAGGGUCCACAUGCUGGGUCGACGCUGGGGCCCAAACGUGCAGCGGCUGGCUUGCAUCCGCAAACACCUUAAAUCUCAGGGCAUUACCAUGGAUGAGCCGCCUGUCAUUGGUGGCUGUGAAGUGGACCUGUCACGUUUUUUCCAGCUCAUCAAUGACAUGGGCGGCAUGCAGCAGGUGAUGGACCUUAAGAAGUGGACCAAGCUCGCCGACCUCCUGCGCAUCCCCAAGUCGGCGCAGGACCGGCUGGCCAAGCUGCAGGAGGCUUACCUCCAGUACAUCCUCUCCUAUGACUCUCUCAGCGCCGAGGAGCGGCUCCGGCUUCUGGGCGACGUGCUGCAAGAGAGAAAGACCCUGGAGUCGCGGCAGGGCCCCCUGGAGGGCCUCUCGGAUUCCGCCGCGCACGCUCUGCCACGCUACGAGCCCAAGAACGGGCUGGUGGGCGGGAUAGUCGGAGGGACGACCGGGAACCACCGCGCCAAUGGCGUGUACCACCGUCUGAAAUGUCUGAAGGAGCUGGAGGCUCAGGUCAAAGCGGGCCGGCGCCGGCUCUUCGCUCAGGAAAAACAAGGCAAAGAGGACAGGCAGAACGGAGAGCAGCACGCGGAGGAGGAACGGGGCGUUCUCAGUGACCAGUACAAAUGUAUCUACAAGGGGAAAUCGGUGUCCUUGACCAACUUCUUCAGGAUAGCCCGGAACACCAUGACCAUGUGCUUUAAUAAGGAACCUGGCGCGGCUGAGGUUGAGCAAGAAUACUGGAGGAUAGUGGAGCAGAGAGACGCCCACGUGGCAGUCCACUGUGGAAAAGUGGACACCAGUACACAUGGCAGUGGUUUCCCUACUGGAAAAUCAGAGCCAUUUUCAAAACACGGAUGGAACCUCACUGUCCUCCCGAAUAAUUCUGGAUCCAUACUGAGGCAUCUGGGUGCUGUGCCUGGGGUGACCAUUCCCUGGCUAAAUAUUGGCAUGGUCUUUUCUACCUCAUGCUGGUCUCGAGACCAAAAUCGCCUUCCAUAUAUUGAUUACUUACACACUGGUGCUGAUUGCAUUUGGUAUUCUGUCCCUGCUGAGGAGAAGGCGAAGCUGGACAAGGUGGUCCAUACACUGCUUCAAGCCAAUGGCACCCCAGGACUAGAAAUGCUGGAGAAGAACAUUAUGAUCUCUCCAGAGGUGCUGUGCCGUGAAGGCAUCAAGGUUUACCGUACGGUCCAGCGGAGUGGCCAGUUUGUGGUCUGCUUCCCCGGUGCCUUUGUCUCUAAAGUGUGCUGUGGCUACAGCGUGUCAGAGACGGUGCACUUCGCCACGCCACACUGGAUGAACCUGGGUUACCAGGCUGCAAAGGACCUGAAAUGUCGUUGUGUAGCCAAGCCCUUCUCCAUGGAGAAGCUACUGUAUCAGAUCGCCACCGCUGAGACCAAGAGGGACAACGGCCUUCUCCUCACCACCAUAUCCGCCCUUCUCGAAGACCUCAGGAACAUAGAGCUGCACCAACGUGAGGAACUUUAUAAGGCAGGUUUGCUGUCCUCUGCCCGGUAUGGCACACACGACGGCAACUUCGGGCCCGCUGACGGGCGCAAGAAGCCCCGCGGCAAAUGGCUGGCACUGGAGUCAUUAGAGAGACGCUGCCAAAUCUGUCAACACCUCUGCUACCUGUCCAUGGUGGUUCAGGAGACGGACAACGUGGUUUUCUGUCUGGAGUGUGCGCUACGCUAUGUGGAGAAGCACAAGUCCUGCAGGGGCCUCAAGAUGAUGUAUCGAUAUGAUGAGGAGCAAAUCAACAGUUUGGUGAACCAAGUGUGCGGACGGGCGAUGCUAAAGAACGGGGGAGUCGGCAUCGGAGGAGGCGGGGCGGUCAUCCUUAGCGGAGGAGGAGUCGGGGUGGACUCUUGCCACACUUUGAGCCCCGCCAAAGCAUCACCAGCCAAGCGGGGCCCCCGAAAGCGCACCACCGUAGAGGUGUCCCUGGCCCGCCUGUCCUCCAUCCACAUGCCGAAGGCCGCGGCCGUGUCCUGAAGCGGGCGGGGUCCUCCCCCCCCCCUCCACCUUCCACUUCUGUUUUGUUUCUACUUUAAGAAGGAAUCACUAUCAGUCCUCGCUCAGCUGAGCUCAGCCUCCAUUUUCACCCACCUCUCCUUUAGCGACAGCUUGUUUCUGAAAUCCGAAAAAUAAAAAGCAAAGCAAGAUGUCUUUUUUGCACUAGUGUGAAAGAAUUAGUUUUUAUCUUGAGUGAUAUUUUUUUAUUAUUAUUUUUAGUCUCCCACCCCCGACCUGCUCUGAAUCGGCAGUAACAAGCAUUAACAUUCAGAGGAAGACUCGACGGGGGCCCCGUUUCCCCCCCCACCCCACCCCCCUCCAUCCUCUCUGAAUGAGAACGGGUUACAUUUGUUACCUUUUUCUUGCAUCACUCACUCCUGAGACUGAACCCACAUGCCUGUUAAAACUUGGGACGAAGAAAAUUGACCCCCUUCCCCCACUUUGUUUAUUUCUUCCAGGACGACGUUAAGUAGUUACCCAAAGUUCCUCUCUGUCCUUGAUUCUAAGGAAGACGAGUCCUUUUUUUGUUGUUGCAUUUUCUGCGUUUGCGAUGCGUUUCCUGCAGAUUUUCUUUAAGGGAGGUUGAUGCAAGGUUUAAAAACUUGAAAGACGAUGUUGGUUGGCUACAUUUUUAUUAUUAUUAUUUUCUAAUUUUUAGUUCUAUUUUGAAUCUUUAGCUUUGUUUCUGCUAGGUUUGGGUGUUUUUUUUGUUUCUUUUUCUCGUGUUUCAUGUUUAUUUUCUGUCCGUCGGCGGACGUGAGCGAAGCAGAGCCUCACUUCUGCGUCGACACGGAGGGAUCUCUCCAGUCGGAGUCCGGUGCCUGACGUCUGGCGAGAAGAUCCGAUUUAUUGGUGCUGUUGGUUCUAAUUACUGUAUAACAACACAAAAUAAAAAAAAUAAAAAUAAAAAAAAAAUGUCUGAGGGGGAUGGUUGGUGCGUGCUCCGCCCACCUCCCCCACCCCACAGGUCAGAAAGGCUUUCAGGCUUUUCUGGUUCUAGAUGUGCAAUCAUGUUAACAUUCCAUUCUUCCAGUCCUCUUGUUUCAUCUGUACCAGUAAACAUUAAUUAUUAUAUUAUUAUUUUAUGGGUUUUCUCCCCAUUUGUUGAGCUGAUGUGUUAUCCUAAGUAGAGCCACUAGUUAAUGAGUGUAAAAUGUGAAAUAUUUUUUUUUUCUUACUUUGCUUUUUUUUUGCCUUUUUGUCCCCGCCCCUUUUCCCACCCCACCAGAUAUAUUAUGAGUAAUUUUUAGAGAGAGGAAAGAAAAAAAAAACUAAGUCCAACACAAACAAACAACCUUCAACUUUUUUGUACAUAUAUCCUGUAAAUUUCUUUAAAUACUUGAGCCUUUUUCCUGGGGUUAAGUAAGAAAGAAAGAAAAGGAAGGAAAAGGAUGCAGAAGAGAGUUUUCCAGAGAAGAGAGUGCUUGAUGAAGAAAAAGCCUUACAAUUCCCUUUCUUCAUCUGUGUGAGUUUGAUGCUUACAGGGUUUUGCUCUGGUAAAUGUGUAUAAAAAUUUAAAGUGCUGCUUAUAUCACUGAGAAAGAAGAUAUCGAGUAGCCGACGAUCGACCCCCCCCCCCCUACCCCCCACCCUCCCUCACACCUCUACACUCUGCCCCCUCUCCUCCAACCUAGUUUUGUUUGUUUAGCUUUACUUUUUUAAAGAAAAGGGAAAAAAAAGGAUAUGUUGACAAAAAAUGGGUUUUUACAUUUUCAUUACUGAAAAUUCAACAAAAAUGUAGUAGCUACUCAUGUUGCACUGAGCUUGCCAGUGGUGACUGUCAAGGAAAAAUCCUAUAACCCAGUUUGUCGGUAUUUGUCCCUUGCAGAAGACUGAACUGUUUUAGGACUAUUUAAAGAAAUACCAAGGUGUUUUCAGCUUCAAAAAAGUGGUUGUCAAGUUUUUAUGGCCUUACAAUAUAUUUUAUUCUUACGGGAUUUUUUUUUUCUUUCUGUUUUUUGUUUUAUUGCUUAGUUCUCGUUGGUUUUUCUUCCAUUUUCUACAGUACAAACUACUUGCUCACAAUGGGAUCUCUGGUGACUUAAUUUAUUAAAGCCGCUCGCCGGCCUUUCCUCUCAAUGGGAAAGAGUUUCAUGUUGGUUAUAUUUACAGUUUUUUACUUUUGCAGUUUGUACCUAAGGUUUAAUAAAAACUUACAGACAAUUCACUGUCAGUCCUUUCCAA